UUUUACCGCGCCUGCGCCAUGGUCACACUGAUUAGCUCAUCCAAACGUUCACAGAAUUUGUUUUGUUUUUCACGUAAUAAAUAGCUAUCUUCUCCAUUUUACCUGGCAAAAAUGGCAUCGAUUGCCAAGUCCAUAGUGCUAUUGGCAUCCGUGGCCACAUUCGCGUACUCCCUGUACGUGGUGGGCAGCCUGAUGAUGUUCCUCUCGACGCCCCGUUCGAUUUCCAAGGCACAUACCUGGAUUUUCAAUUUACUGGACAACAAGUCGCGACUGGAGACCGCCUAUGGACCCGUGGUGUUCGAUACGCUCUACCUGACCGGAUUUAUCUUUCAGCACAGCCUCCUUAAGUCAGCCUUGGUCAAGAAACUGCUGGCCAAAUUGGGCUUGUCGGGAGCGGAGCGCACUAUUUAUAGCCUGACGUCAUCGCUUUGUUUACAUUAUUUGAUCCUCAACUGGAUGCCCGCACAGUCGAUUGUUGUGUGGCAAAUCGACGUGGAACAGAGUGCUUCUCUUUGGUGGACCUAUGAAAUCACCCAUGUCAUCUGCUGGGUGGUCAUCUUUGGCGGCAGUUUGGUGAUGGAUCUGCCUGAGCUGCUGGGCGUCAAGCAAGCCUACUAUGAUCUGAAGGCCUAUGGUCCACCGAUCAACUACAAAUCCGGGGAAUUGCGCAAUCUGUACGCCCAUGUAAGACAUCCUUCGUUUGUGGGUCUGUCGAUCAUCCUUUUCGCCACGAACGUGAUGAGCGCGGAUCGACUAGUCAUGGCCGUGCUCCUGACCACUUACAUGUACCUGGCCUGGUCCACUGAUCAAAAAGAUGUGGCCUACCAGAAGAUUCAACUGCAGCGCAAGAAACUCGAACUGAAGGCCAAGUGAACUUAAACUGCAAAAUGUUCUCACUAAGAUUUAGUUGUAAGUUGACAUGAGCUUGUAUUUAACGAUACUUUUCUAACAAUUUGAUUCCGGUUCUCAACGAAAACGAAACAUAGACAUAUAAUUUUACAUGAAGUAACCUUUUAA